AUGGCUACCGCACAAGGUGUCAACGUCCUUCGCUACUCGGCUCUCGUAGCUGGUCUCUUCUACGGUGCCUACCACCAAUCCUCGAUCACUGCCAACGCGAAGCGUGCCGAAGCCGACCGUGAAUACGCCCGUCAGGAGCGCCUGAUCCAGCAGGCCAAGGCCGAAUGGAAGAAGAAGACGGCACCCAAGGACACACAGAACAGCGGAAUCAUCACGGACCCCGAGGACAGCCGGUUCGACCUUGAGGCCUACCUGAAGAUGAAGGCCGGGGAGAACUAG